AUGGCACCUGGCCAACAACCUUCAGCUACAUGUCCAAAGGACUCGAGCGGAACUUCCCGCAAGAGGACAACUAAAGCAUGCGACUGGUGUAGGUUGAAGAAAUCUAAGUGUGACGGAUCCAAGCCGUGCUACCGGUGCAAGUCGAAGAAUGCUAUCUGCUCCUUCACCGCCCGAGAGAAAGGCCAGAAAAGUAAUUAUCCUGAAGGGUAUGCUGAGAUUCUCGAGAAGCAACAAGCAUGGCUAGUAUCCGAACUUCAGAAGCUGUACCAGCAAGCCCUGAAAGCUGAAUGCUGGCAAGACAGACCAUUAUUCCGCAAUAAUAAUGGAUACGAAUCAACUCACGACUUGCUUGGUCGACUCGGCGUUCCAAAUUGUAGCAGAGGCGAGCAAUUCCAAGAGAAAAUUGGACCCUUGCAGCAGAAACUGUGUUUAGAAAACGAUCAUCAAGCACGAACCCAGAAUCUGACAGAUAAAGGCUCGGGGAACGCAGAGUCGCCUUUAUUUCCCAGUCCAUUUUCCAAUUUAUCUACGCAGCCGACGCUAGAGAUGUUCAACGAACCAAUCAGCUUCCAGGAACCUAUGAUGAGUACAUUUGGGGAGCUGGCACAAAUGGAUCCAAUAUUUCUCGGGUCUAUGAUCAUGACAAUUCCACGGCCCCCUUUCAACCCAUGCCCAGCAAACUUUGCUUAGC